CUGAGCAACUCCACCCAUUGCAUAAAGCUGCUCAGAGAGCUUCACUUACAAAUGCAUUUGUGUCUUUAACUGACUCAAUUUUUCUGCACCUGAUCUGUUAUCUUCAUCACAGGGCCGCUGAGGAUGAAGACUGCUCUGUGUGUUGCGAUGGUUCUCAGUCUCUUCUCGCGAGCGGAGGCUACCGCUGCCUUUGACCUUCUGCGCCAAACUGCUGUGAGUUACACGGGGUCGCUGCCCUGCGGCGGAUGGGACUGUGAAUGUGCCUUCGGGAGACAGCAGAGCUGCUGUUGUGUUGCACAGCCUCUGUUUGAUCUGGAGGAAGCCACAUUCAUGCGUAUGGUUGGCUUAUGGGAAGGACUGUCUCAUCUGAACAGCCAAAUAGAGGAGCUCACAGCUGGAUGCAAAAUAGCCUUCAAUGCGGCAAUGCUUCCAAUGAGUGGAUGUCUUGGGCCAUUUACCAGCAACGUGUCUAUCUCUUACCAGUCUGUCUCCCUCAAUCAGGGCAAUGGCUACAAUCCUGCGUUGGGCACAUUCACAGCUCCACACGCCGGUCUGUACUCCUUCUCCUUCACGGCGUACUCCAACGUUGGCAGCGCAGGUCAGCGGCUCUACCAGAAGAUGCAGCUGAUGAAGAACGGCCAGCUGAUGGCCUCGUCCUGGGAAGACAACCGUGAGGAUUCGGAGGACAGCAGCUCUCAGACGCUUCUUCUGCAGCUCAGAAGCGGCUGUCAGGUGUAUGUGGAGCUGAUGUCAGGCAGACAGCUGUGUGGAGACACCCAGGGCCAAAACACCUUCAGCGGAUACCUGGUCUACCCCUUCUCUGAGCAGUGAGAGGGAAAUAACUGUACAUACAUACACGCCAAUCUUCGUCAGAGAUUAAAACAGAUGUCCAUGUGUGAGUCUUCAUAUAAAAUUGCCAUAAAAAUGAAUAAAUUAACAUGUAUAUGGCUUUAUGAAUAAAGGUGACUUCAAUAGUUU